UAUCCCAAUGCCCAUACCCACUGGUUCAGCUCUUUGCUUCUCCAUCUCUUUGUGGAAGUGAAGGACAAUCGCUUUCGUGAAGUAAUGACUCGUGUCCUUCUGGAGCGCUUCAUUGUUCAUCAUCCUCAUCCCUGGGGUGCUUUGGUCACUUUCAUUGAGUUGCUCCACAAUUUGAAGUAUGAAUUCUGGAACAAGGAGUUCAUUCGUGUCACACCUGAAGUUACCAUGUUGCUUGAGAGCGUAAGACAUCCUGCUGUUUAG